GCCAUGAAAGAUAUCUACGUUGCCUGGUUUCGGCGCGCAGUAGCAGCGCCGCUACACGCAGCGUCGCUGCCGGCGCGCACGAGCGCCGGUCCCAUCGUCCCCUGCCACGCCCACGGCCUCGCCCUCAGGGCCGUGAAGAGCAGAGGACGCCAGAGCUCGGCCGUCCGAGGGCCUCACCUCCCCUGUCGGUGCUGCUCUGGCCUCGCGGUGCACACCGACGUCUCCGCGGCCAUCGUCUUGGAGUCACCGAAGAAGGUCACCUCGAGGGCAUUCUGGCUAGACAUCGGGAUCUCGCUGUACUGGGAUCCCGUAGCGGCUGCUGGCACGAACGACCCCAGAAGCCGCGCCAUCCCAUAUGGCACGAUCCAGGGCAGCCACUGCUCGGCGAAAACCCGCGCUGACGUGGCAAUCGCUUCCGACUCCGUUCGGACGUAG